AUGGAUCAUCACGGCCACCGAAUAUUUUACAAAGUGGGUAGAAGCGGUUCCCUUGCGGAAGGCCACGGAGCUGCCGUUGCCAAUUUCAUCCGUGAAAAUAUUGUAUGCAGAUUUGGGAUCCCAUACAAGAUUGUCACUGACAAUGGCACCCCGUUUGUCAAUAAGCAAGUAAGCUCGACACUUAGUGGUUAUGGUAUCAAGCAUCGCCGCUCCACGCCUUAUUACCCACAAGGAAAUGGUCAAGCGGAAGCCACAAACAAGACUUUAUUGAGGAUCCUAAGCAAAAUGGUUUAUGAGUAUGAAGGAGGUUGGAGUGUUCACCUGCCGGAUGCUUUAUGGGCCUACCGCACCUCUUCAAGAAGUGCCACAGGUUUCUCGCCAUAUUCACUCGUGUACGGGUCCGAUGCCAUUUCACCAGUAGAGAUUACCAUCCCCACUGCCAGAACAGCAGCUGUUAACGACCUUGAAUGGGAUACAAAGUCAUGCUCGGAAUGGCGCCUGCUGGACCUUGAAGCCUUGGAUGAAAAAAGAGCGGUAGCCGAAAAGAAGACAGCAUUGUACCACAGAACCGUAGCUCAAGCCUAUAACAGGACAGUCAAGCCUCGCGCCUUCAAGCAAGGAGACCUCGUGCUAAAAGUUGCGGAGCAUGUGAGAAGACAAGUGUCGGGACCUUCCAAGUUUGCGCCACAAUGGGAAGGCCCGUUUGCAGUCAAAGAGGUUCACAGCAGCGGCUAUUAUCGCUUGGUCUCUGUCAAAGAAGGCACGCUAACCGACCCCGUCAAUGGGAAGUGGCUCAAGCUCUAUUACUGCUAA